UUCACACAAGCCGACGCCGCAUCCUGCAACAGCUUGAAGAAUAACAAUUAGCGCCGCGUUAUUUGUUUUUUGUUGUUGUUGUUUUUUAUGACAAGGCUACACCACAAACAGACACAGGCAUCUUUUGUUGCGCCCAUGACGUCAGCAGGGCAUCUUAAGAGUGAACUCAGUGCGUUAAGACAUGGAUUUGUGCGCGCCCAUGCGGGGGCGAAGUGAUGCUGCUGAGUUUUGUUAGAUUUCUCGGGGCGAUUCUGUCAUGGGUUUCUGGGAGUUCCAUCAAAGUUUUGCGGGGUGAUUUUAUUCGCUUGAGAUAUCCCAGCUGAGGUCCUCCCUCCUCGGCGUGCCGUUCACCUGGCUCGGUGAGACUCGGGCGCUGCUCAGGACUCUAUGUGGCAGGAGAUUUGGUGUGGCUGAAAAAUUGACACAAGUGGACUAUCGAGUCGAGAGCCUUCCAGACACGAGUGGAUGUGCCAUCGGGAGUGUGGAGAUGAACUUUGGAAAUUUUCUACUGGUGGCUUUCUCAUUCAUCCCUGUGGCCUCAGGGUCCCGGGCACGGUUUGAGGACAGCCCGCCUCGGAUCGUGGAGGACCCCUCGGAUUUGAUUGUCUCCAAAGGGGAGCCUGCGACCCUCAACUGUAAGGCAGAGGGCCGACCCACUCCUAAUAUAGAGUGGUAUAAGGAUGGGGAGCGUGUGGAAACGGACAAAGAUGACCCACGCUCUCAUCGCAUGCUCCUGCCCAGUGGCUCCCUCUUCUUCCUGCGUAUCGUACACGGGCGCCGGAGCAAACCAGAUGAGGGUGUCUAUACCUGCGUAGCCCGCAACUACCUGGGAGAGGCCAUUAGUCAUAAUGCAUCCCUGGAAGUUGCUGUCCUGAGGGAUGACUUCCGGCAGGCCCCGAGCGAUGUGGUCGUGGCUGCCGGAGAGCCCGCGGUCCUGGAGUGUGUGCCUCCUCGCGGUCACCCUGAGCCCACCGUGUCCUGGAAACGCAACAACGUCCGCGUCAGCACCAAGGACGAACGCAUCUCUAUGCGUGGGGGCAAACUGAUGAUCUCUCACACAAGGAAAAGUGACGCUGGCAUGUAUGUUUGUGUGGGCACUAAUAUGGUCGGAGAAAGGGACAGCGAUCCUGCAGAGCUGGUGGUGUAUGAGCGCCCUGUGUUGAUUCGGAGGCCGGUGAACCAGGUGGUAAUGGAGGAGGAGACGGUCGACUUCAUGUGCGAUGUGCACGGAGACCCCGCCCCCACCGUGCGAUGGCGCAGGGAGGAGGGUGAGCUUCCCCGGGGCAGGUUUGAGAUCCGUAAUGACAACAGCCUGCGUCUGCUCAGGGUGAGAGAGGAGGACGAAGGAACGUACACCUGCACCUCGGAGAACAGCGUGGGCAAGACGGAGGCCUCGGCCAUGUUGCAGGUCCACGUACCACCCCAGAUUGCCAUUAAGCCCCGGGACCAGAUUGCUACCCAGGGGAGGAGCGUCGCCUUCCAAUGCGGCACCACAGGAAACCCUCCACCUGCCAUCUUCUGGCAGAAAGAGGGCAGCCAGAUGCUGCUGUUCCCUGGCCAGCCGCCAUCACAGUCCGGUCGUUACUCUGUGUCCAUGAGUGGGGAGCUGACCAUCACUGAUGUGCACCCUGAAGACUCGGGUUUCUAUAUCUGCCAGGCCAUCAGUGUGGCAGGAAGCGUGCUGACCAAAGCCCUGCUUGAGGUGGAGGGCGGUCCUUCAGGCCAUGUCCCACCAAUCAUCCGCCAAGGCCCAGCCAAUCAGACCGUAUCUGUGGGGUCGGUGGCACAACUACAGUGCCGUGUAAUCGGCGGGCCCUCAGUCAGGAUUUCAUGGGAGAAGGAUGGAGAGAAAAUUCAGGCAGAUAAACCUCGAAUGACCUUGAUGGAGAAUGGCACGUUGCAAAUCACCAACAUAAAGGACACAGACUCUGGGAUGUACACAUGCGUGGUUUCCAGUGCCACAGGGGAGUCGAGCUGGAGUGGGAUGUUGACUGUCAGAGAGGAUGGAGUUUCCUCCAUAUCGAGGGUCUCUGAGUCCAUCCAGCUGCCGGGGCCGCCCCAGAAGCCCGUGGUGACCGAGGUGACCAAGAACACCGUCACCCUCACCUGGCAGUCCAACCCCCAUGAGGGCGGGGCAGCCGUCACCUCCUACGUCAUCGAGGCCUUCAGCCAAUCCGUGGGCAGCACCUGGCAGACAGUUGCAGACCAUGUGAAGCAGGAGAAGCACACAGUCAUCGGGCUCUUUCCCAACACAGUUUAUCUGUUUAUUGUGCGAGCUGUAAACUCUUACGGCCUCAGUGACCCCAGUCCGAUCUCUGAGCCGGUCAGAACACAGGAUGGGAGUCCUGCAGAACAGGGUGUGGACCACAGACAGGUGCAGAGAGAAUUAGGAGAAGUGUCUGUCUACCUGCAGAAGCCUGUCGUUCUCUCUCCUACCAGUGCCAAGAUUUCUUGGACCGUAGCCCGGCAGUCUCGGUAUGUCCAGGGUUACCGUAUAUUUUACCGGACCAUCGGCAGCUCCUGGUUGGUCCAGGAUGUGGAGGCCAAGCCUGAGCACAGCGCCAUCUUAACGGAUCUGCGCAGCACCACCGAGUACGAGGUCAAAAUCCGCCCGUACUUCAAUGAGUUACAGGGCCUUGACAGUCUUAUGGUUCUCCUGCGUACACCGGAGGAGGUAUUAAGCGCUCCCCCACAAGCUGUAUCAGUGGUGCAGCUCAGCAACAGCUCCAGUAUCAGCGUGUCCUGGGAGCCUCCGCCGCAUAACAUUCAGAGCGGCAUCAUUCAAGAGUACAAGGUGUGGUGUGUGAGCAGCGACCUGGAGAGAGAGCACCAGAUUAACCGGACGGUGGACGGAUCGGUUCUGUCCAUCCUGCUGACAGGCCUGCUGCCUGACGUCCACUACAGUGUUGUGGUGGCUGCUGUCACCAGCCUGGGUGUGGGCGCCCAGAGCCCACCUGUCAACCUGCUUCUCUCCAUGCCAGUGGACAAGUCUUCCACUCCUGUGCAGAAAGGCAGCAGCCUCAGCCUGUCAGAGCAGAUCGCAGACGUCGUCCGCCAGCCGGCCUUCAUUGCCGGACUGGGUGUGGCCUCGUGGCUCGUUCUGAUGGGCUUCAGUGGUUGGCUGUACUGUCGCCACCGCAGGAGGAAGCAGCUCGGACACUACACCACCUCCUUCGCAUACACACCUGCAGUGGGCUUCGCUCAUGGUGAAGGAUCUGGGAUCAUCAAUGGAGGGCCUGGCAUGUUGGGAUCCAACAUGGGCAACUACCCCUGGCUGGCCGACUCCUGGCCCGCUCCCAACCUCACACACAACAGCAAAGACUCAGUCAACUGUUGCUCCGGCAAGCUGGACUCGGAUAGAUAUUACAACGUUGGUAUCCACGGCUACCCGAGCCAGUCAGAGAAAUACAGCACGGCCUCCAAUGACAGUCCCAUCUACAGCACCAUCAACACGGCCGCUGACGAGGACCUGCUGGCGUAUUAUGACACCUACUCCAGCGCAUCCUACAAUCAGGGCCCCGACCCGUAUGCCAGCACCCCGGUCCUGUCAAACAGUGGCCUGGUGGGUCUGAAGCAGGACCUGGACCAGUGGACCAUCCAGUCUGGUCAGUCUGGGGCUGAAUAUGCAAAGCUCCAGUACUCCAGGACAACAGAUCGUAAAGACAAACUGGUGAAACAGAGAUCUACCGGGUCCUCGUCCAAGCCGGCUCCUCUCAACUGGGUGGACGUUCUGUCUGUGCCCCUGCAUGCCGGCACGGACACAGGCCAUCCAAAGAGAGACCAGGACGAGGAGCAACCCAGCUCGGAGGAGGACGAUGAGGACUGGUGUCCUCCACUGCCGGCCAGAACGUACCUGAUGGACAAUUCAAGGGAGGAACUGUCUGGCCUGUCUUGCAGAGGAGAGGAGCUGUGCUACAGUCUGCAGGCUGCAGCCACGCUGCCGUCUCCCCCACAACAAAGCACACACAGGCCCAGUGACAGUCCCCGGCUGCAGCACUUUGACCUGCUGGACCGCCACCGGAUGGCUUCCCAGGUCACCAAGUCCAACCCAGAUCUGUUUGCCAACAAGGAGGUCGGAGAUGUCAGCGAGGUGUACCACACCAGCCAAUGGGCAGAUGAUUUCAACGGGGAGAACGCUGGAAAAGGACAAUCUGCCGCUCUGCCUGCCGAGUCAAGCCCUGCAGUCCCGGCUCACAGAACCAGGACUAAGAAGAAAACCCCCAAGGACGGACAACUCAGGCGAGAACUGCACAACCAAGCAGAUCUUCCUCCACCACCGGCCCCUCCCCCCACAGAUGAUUCCCUGCAGCUCUUGGCUGAUGUGUUGAGUUGCAGCCGAACAGACAGUGAACGAAGGGAGGGGAUCGGCUCGCCCAUCCUUCAGAGGAGGGGAGAGCACUUCUCACCCCAGAAGAGAGGCCCUACAAAGUGGUUAUCAGAGGAUGAGAAUGUAAUCCCAUACGGCCAGUCCAGCUUCCUGCCCAAGGUCCAGAUGUCAGGCUAUGGGUCGCUGGGUGGAGGGGUCUAUCCACGGUCCUCCACUGGGCCCCGGGGCCCCGCCGCUGGUCGGAGGUCAGAUGAGAACCUCAUAUAGACAGAGCGGCAGAUUAUGUGACACGACAUCCUCCUUUUUCCCUCUCUGAUUUCCUGUCUUUGCGAACCAUCAAUCUGUUGCCAUGGUAUCUUAUGACAAACUGAAGACAAAAGGGAAAAUGUCAAGGCUUGCCAUCUGCCUUCUCACUAACUAUUGCUAUUUGUAUUCAUUUUUUUAAUUUAUUAAUUAUUCUUUCUUUGUGACUUCCUGCCCCACCACAUGUAUAUAGACAUCUUUACAACUUUUUAAAAAUGUGAUCUGAUACAGUACUGAAAUGGAUCUGGGGUUAAAAAAAAAAAAAAAAAAGUAUUUUUAGGAAAUGGGAUUGAAAUGUAACUAUUACAUAUUGUACAGCAGAUUAUUGAAUGUAACUACCGUUUACUCUUGACCAUGAAUCCAUGAUGAUGUUUGUUUGAUGAAAGGUUGGAAAAGACAUGAGGCAAAAAACUUGUUAAUAAGCCAUUGUGUGGGUGUGUAUGAGUGUGUGCAUCAGUGCAUGUGUGCAGUGUUUGUGUGUGUGUGUGUGUGUGUGUGUGUGUGUUAGUGUUAUCUCUCAUCUCUGUGACUGUGUACUGUACCCUCGUUGAUCACCAGUGUUAGUUCUGUCGAGAUUUUUAAACUGACCAAUAAAAGAUUUGUUACAAAACUGUU